CAGGCGUCCAGCCCGCUGUAGUUACGUACGGAGCUCUCCCGCUCUCCGUUCCCGGACACAGCUUGCUUCCCCUUUCCACUUCCACUUACAACAUCCGGCUCCGACACCAGACAUCACUCUCCGUCAUCACCGCGCGGUAGUAGAGAGCUAUACUCCUAUCGCAUACCUUGUUUCUACACUCACCAAAUCCUUCACAAUGGCCGCUCCCGAGGUCCACCAUCUCUUCCACCACCCCAUCGCCGACCACUCCUUCUCGGCCGAUCGCCAGACCUUGGCCAUUGCCCGCGACACUCAGGUCGAGCUCUACGGCAGAGUCGGCAAUGCCUUCAAGCUCAAGGAUGAGCUCAAGGGUCAUGACAAGCUUGUCACCAGCGUUGACAUUGCCCCCAACACUGGCCGCAUUGUGACUUGCUCUCAGGACCGCAACGCCCUCGUCUGGGAACCCUCCCCCACCGGCUACAAGCCCACCCUCGUGCUCCUCCGCAUCUCCCGCGCCGCCACCUUCGUCCGCUGGUCUCCCUCGGAAGCCAAGUUCGCCGUCGGCUCCGGUGACCGCGUCAUCGCCAUCUGCUACUUUGAGGAAGAAAACGACUGGUGGGUAUCCAAGCACCUGAAGAAGCCGAUCCGGUCCACCAUCACCUCCGUCGCCUGGCACCCCAACAGCGUCCUCCUUGCUGCCGGCUCCACCGACGCCCACGCCCGCGUCUUUUCCGCCUUCAUCAAGGGCACCGACCAGCGUCCCGAGCCGAGCCCCUGGGGCGAGAGAUUGCCUUUCAACACGGUCUGCGGCGAGUUCCUGAACAACUCUGCCGGAUGGGUGCAUUCCGUUGCCUUCAGCCCAAGCGGCGACGCUCUGGCGUUUGCGGCGCAUGACUCCUCCAUCACCGUCGUCUACCCCUCUGCGCCCGAGCAGCCGCCCAAGGCGGUGAUCAGCAUCAACACGCAGCUUUUGCCCUUCAUGAGCCUCUUCUGGAACGGAGAGACCGAGAUCAUUGCUGCGGGUUACGAUUGCGAGGCCUUCCGCUUCCAGGGUGGCGAGCAGGGGUGGCAGCUGGCGGGCACGCUGGAGAAGGCCAAGGCUGGAGGAAGACCGGGUCUUGGUGACGAGGACAGAGAGGAGUCUGCGCUGAACAUGUUCAAGCAGAUGGACCUGAAGGGUAAGGUCAGCAAGGAUGAUACCAUGUUGAAGACGGUGCAUCAAAAUACGGUCACUAUGUUGAGGCCCUUUGAGGAGAGUGGUGGACGGGUGACCAAGUUUAGUUCGAGCGGUGUCGACGGCAGAGUCGUCAUCUGGCACACCUAGAUUUCUUCUUCAUGAAAGAGGGUAUAGCCGCACACCUAUGGAAGCAAAAAGCCCGCAAGCGAAGCGUAACAUUUAAUGUUAAUGGAGCAAGAGUGAACGGCUGAUGAUGAAUCAAAUUCAAGUUCAAGAUCGAUCAUUGUCAGUUUAGCGGGUAACUUUCCCGGUCUUUGAUUUCUGCCCUAUCCGUGCCUCCCGGUAUCCGCCAAAGUGAUUGAUAGUCCAUCCACCCAUUGUAUAGAGACCCAUCAUGUCACUUAUCAACAGUGAGCUAUCCGUUUGUCAUGACCGCCCGGCCGAUACCGCAAGAUAUGUAUGUGUGAAUCAGACACACAGUCAACAACACAUACAGGUUCAUACAUACAAAGCGAUUCAUUGACUACC